GGUUCGUGGUUUUCUCUCGGCUUUCUCUCCUCGACCGAACAAGGUGUAUGCGUUGUGCGCCCUGCUGCUGGUUUCCAAUUUUUUCACAAAAGUUUUAAAGUCGAAGAGAAAACGUCCAUUUCGGUGUAAUAUAAUCGAAUCUAGUUUCCAGUGGUGAUCGGUCAUAAAGUGAAACGAAAAUCGAGUGUUUGCGAAGCGGAAAGUGUACGGUUAAAGUGUGAUACUCGAGAACUGGAAAAAUUUUCACUUUGGAAAUCGCCAUCUUUUUUUCAUCAUCGUGUCACCCCAAGGCGGAGCGCCAGUGCAGCAGGCAGUAGCGCUACUAGUUUUCCUCGUUAUCCCACCCCACCGCAGUGUUUGAACUCGUUCGUUGCACAUGAAAAUUGUAAACCGCGAGGUAGCGUAUAGAGGAAACAAAUUGCAGCACUAAACGCCCAGGGAGAAGGAAAUUGAAUCGGAGCAGUGAAGUGUGCUUGUGAAUAGUUGAAGCAGUAUUAAAAGUUUUCCCCUGUCUUGUUCGUGUCGGUUGCGCGAGGAAGAGAAAGCUCGAGAAGGUAAAUUGAAAAGAUAAAAAACAUGCAGUUUCAAGGAAAUGGUCAGCCACAUCCGGGAGGCUUUCGUCCCCGUACCGAGAAACCGGACUUUUAUGGAGGAGCAGGUGGAGGACCCGGUGGUAAGCCUCACUAUAUGAACAAAACGGGCGGCCCACCCUCGAUUCCCCCGUUCAACCCGAACGGUUUCGGUGGGCCGAAGCCAAUGUAUAACAGCGGUCCGAACGGGCCCUCUGGUGGUCCCGGUGGAUACAACAAGUUCCGCAGUAACAAUUUCGGAGGACCCGCUGGUGUCGGUGGAAUGCCGAUGAAGAAAGACUUUGGAGGACCGAAACUUUACGGUGGUCCGGGAAUGAACGGCAAUGCAAAGCCGUUUUACGAUAAGCCCAUGGAUUCGUUCGGGGGUCCGAAAAAGUAUAAUCCUAUGCCAAGUUCGUAUGGCAAUAGGAAUGGGUACGGCCCAAAGCCAGAUUUUAACAAUAUGAGCAAAGAAGAUCGAGCCAAGAUUCAAUCACUGAAGGCUAAAUUUCCCGGACAAGGUCUAGUGGCCCCGCACUGGGAAAACCUGGAGCCCUUCCAAAAGGACUUCUAUCAGCCGCAUCCAAACGUCUUGACUCGCACCCAAGAAGAGGUGCAAGCAUUCCGUGAAGAUAUGCAGGUCACUGUUAUGGGUAACAGUGUGCCCCAUCCGGCACAAAAUUUUGAGGAAGGCAACUUUCCGGACUUUGUGAUGAACGAGAUCAAUAAACAAGGUUUUCCAGCACCUACCGCCAUUCAGGCGCAAGGCUGGCCAAUUGCACUUUCCGGCCGAGAUUUGGUCGGAAUCGCUCAAACUGGCUCCGGUAAAACGCUUGCCUACAUGCUGCCGGGUAUUGUACAUAUCUCGAAUCAAAAACCGCUGCAGCGCGGCGAAGGUCCAAUUGUACUCGUGCUUGCCCCUACUCGUGAACUCGCACAGCAAAUACAGACCGUCGUGCGAGAUUUCGGUAUUCACUCGAAGCCACAGAUUCGCUACACUUGCAUCUUUGGUGGUGCGUUGAAGGGACCACAGGUUCGCGAUUUGGAGCGCGGUGUCGAAGUGGUGAUUGCUACCCCGGGGCGCCUGAUUGACUUCCUCGAACGGGGCAUUACCAAUUUGCGUCGGUGCACCUAUCUGGUGCUGGAUGAAGCGGAUCGUAUGCUGGACAUGGGCUUCGAACCCCAGAUUCGCAAGAUUAUCGAGCAAAUUCGACCGGAUCGGCAGGUGUUGAUGUGGUCGGCGACCUGGCCAAAGGAGGUACAGGCGCUGGCAGAGGAUUUCCUACAUGACUACAUCCAAAUCAACGUUGGAUCUCUGAAUUUGUCUGCGAAUCACAACAUUCAUCAAAUUGUUGAAAUUUGCGAGGAAGGGGAUAAAGAAGGUAAACUUCUUGGGCUACUGAAGGAGAUCGCAAGCGAUGCGAACAAUAAGAUUAUCAUCUUCGUUGAAACGAAGAAAAAAGUGGAAGAUCUUUUGAAGAACAUCGUCCGAGACGGAUAUGGAGCAACUUCGAUCCAUGGCGAUAAGUCUCAGUCGGAACGGGAUUAUGUUUUGCAAGAUUUCCGACAUGGCAAGAGUACCAUCCUGGUUGCAACAGACGUCGCAGCAAGAGGGCUAGAUGUCGAAGAUGUGAAAUACGUGAUCAACUUUGAUUAUCCAAAUUCUUCAGAGGAUUAUAUCCACAGAAUCGGUCGCACUGGACGGUGUUCCUCGUUCGGAACGGCAUACACCUUCUUCACACCUGGCAAUGGGCGUCAGGCUCGAGAACUGCUUUCAGUAUUGGAGGAAGCCGGUCAACAGCCGACAACGGAGCUGAUCGAGAUGGCAAAGCAGGUUCCUGGCGGAAAAGGUGGGCGGUGUAGAUACAAUGUGCGCGGAGCUUUAACAUCCAUGAACGGAUACGGCAGUCGAAUGGACCAGAAUGGCUUCGGUGGAGCAAGAAUGUUCCAGAAGAAGCCAUUCGAAAACCGAUACGGAGCGCCUCCUGGCGGUAGUCCCGGAGGUGGUAACCGUUUCAACAACAUGAAUGGUGGUUUGAACAAGUUCGGUGGACCUGGGGGAUACCGUAGCGGAGAUAGCUGGAAUAAGAAUGGUGGUGGGUACCAGCAGCAGCAGCAGCAACAACAACAACCGCAGUCUCAGCAGCCACAGUCUGGAGGUCAGCCACAACAGCUGUAUGAGCCGCACCAGCAAAUGCGAUUCCAUCCUAAAAAUAUUUAUCAGAAUCACAAUCAGUACGAAGACUAUUCCAACCAAAUGGUGGGAGGAGCUCCUCAAGCUUUCAAUGCGCAUAACGGAACCCGUUUCUACCAGAACAAACCUCAUCAGGGGGUUGGAGGAAUGCAGCAAUCUCAACCAGGUGGUCGCUAUAACCCGACCAACCAGUACAAUACCGAAGGUGGCCCUAAACCUUCCGGCGGUCGUCCGCCGUAUCAACCGAAGCAGCAGUACAGCAGCAACUAUGCCUCAGCUGGAACUGGCAAUCCGUACCCAGCACAGCUAGCGGCCGCUGCGGCAGCAGCUGCUGCUGCUGCCGGUGGCGGACAAACCAUUCCGACAGCUGGAUUUGCCACUGGCUAUGAUCCGCUCGGUGGAGUACAAGGUGCCAUGGGCACUUUCGCUUCGUCGUAUCAAAUUCCGGCCGCUACGGCUUACUACUCAUAUCCGGCAGCGACUGCCCCUCCACCACAAUCACAGGCUCCACCAGUGGUUCCGGCCGUUCAGCAAGCUGACGAUGGUCGACAGAUGGGUUCGUACUCACCCGCCGGCAUGGUACCGUGUCAGUUGGUGUCGGUAGAGGAUUAUCCUCACGGGUGUUAAGUAGGUAGUGAAGAAGAAGAAAAAGUACAUUGUCCCUGGUGGUGUGACCGGUGGUAAAAAUUGUGAUUCUCCCGAACAAUUUUCCGUGCAAAAUGGACAAGCUCUUCACACAAAUCGCUGUGCUCUUGGAAGCUGGUUUACUCGAUUGUCCGAAAACAAACGAAGGAUUUUGUUAAUAGCUAACAGUUUUAAUUAGUAUUUUAUAAUUGAUGCCAUUCAACACUAACACUUUUUUCUACAAGCAGAAUUCUGAAUGAAAACCAAAAGAAGAAAUGUAUGAUUUUGAGUGAUAUGAUGUGUGCUGGGCGAGGACUGCUCUGCUUCGGCACAUUUGAUCGACAUGUUUCUGAAUAACAACAUAAUUAUUGGAAAACGAAAAAAAACUGCCAUAUCUUUGCAUAUCGAUCCGGAAGCGUGAAUCUUUUUUGUACCUCAUUUAACCGUUUCUGUUGAAUGAGAUCUACUUGCUACACUCGUGUUGAAAAGUUCGCCCGCUGAUAUUUUAGUAUUUGAACUUCACCGAGAAAAUUCUUCAAUUGAAUCAACCAAUCACAUGUUGAUAAAUGUUUGACGGUUUGAAGAGUGAUCGAUGAACGAAUGUCAACUAGUAGGCUUUAUGUGCUGUAUCGUUAUGGGUUUUGAAUGCAUGUAUCAGUUUCGAUAUGUAUCAUACGUUCUAUGUUUCGAUUUUCGACAAAGAGAAUCUAGACGACCCGUUCUACUGCUUUCAGCAUAACGGGUUCGAUUUUCAAGUUUUGUUCUGAAGUUGUUAAAAUAAGCAGAUUGAUUCUUUUAAAGAACACAAAGUGGUGUCGAAAAUAUGCAUUGCAUUAAUUCAAAAAUAGUUCUACAAAAGGUUCCACGUAACAUCCACCCACCUUUGGUCGGUGUUAAAUCAGAGCAAACUAAAUAGCAAAAUCUCAAAAAGUGAGAUCAAUAAUUUCUUCAGCUUCAUUUCACAUUGGUCAGCUUUGGUAAAUGUUACUAAUAACAAGAAUUACAGCAAAAAUCCAUUUCAAAUUGUACGGCAAAGAACACCGUGAUUGAAAAUAGAGAUCGAUGAAACGUUACUUACUUCGGUCUGACUUAACACCGACCAUUUGUUCUAUUCAGCAAGACUCACAACAUGCUUUUGUCCAUCUGUCGAAAAUGUGUCGAUUUGUUUUAACUCUGCAACCAACUCUGCUUCUCUCAAUGACAAAUUUCUUCCAUUACAAUACUUAUACUACGCGAGAAAACUAUGAAGAUAGAGCUAAUUAUCUCGUGAAUUUUAUCACUUCCUUUUGUAAAAUCUGAAAGAGUCUGAGUCUGCUGAUCGGCAACCUUGAAUACAAUACAAAUAAAUUGUUCAAAUGUUUCGAACUACUACUGAUUUCUGGACUACUAUUGGAGAACGAUAUAGAUUUUUUUCGACUAGCUCUUAUUUAUAAGGGCAAGGUAUUUGUGUACCUCGAUGAAAGCGAACCAGGUUCUCACAGUUCCAAGACCGGGAUUAUUGAAUUCUGUUUAUUUACUUUUCUCAUUUAAAGUUGCGGACUGCAGACAAAUAUGUUGCAGGUUUUUUACGUGAAUCGUUAUUUUGGAUGAAUGCGGGAACUACUGCUCUGUCCGUAAAACCAUAAGAAUCCCAAUAGGGAUUUUUGUCGAAAAUGAGAUCUAUUGGAUUGUAUUCUGUAUCACCACUAAAUCACAAUGAACAAGUAAAAUUAUCAGGUUUGUUUAGAAAAUAUCGGGAAAAAAAUACCAAAACAUGUUUGUCCCAUCCAUAAUGCUUAAUGAAAAUGUAAAUUUUGAACAGCGUUUUUCUCGGCUUUCUGUUUUUCAAUAUGGGACUCUUAUGCUUUUAUGGGCAGUGCUAGUAUCACGAUGUCUAUUGUGCAUUACGUUGACAUAGGCAAUACCUAUUAGGCAUUAUCAAAUUAAACAUCGAUCUUUUUCCUCUUUCAAAACGUAAACAUUGACGGACGAAAUUGUCUGUUUGUUCAGCAAUUUUGACAUAAAACGCCACAAAUUUUUAUCUUUCAGGCAAGUUUUUCUAGCUCAAAAUUUCUUGGUUGGAUCUCAUUAAACAUUAGGUGCCCUCAUACGAGAUGAAUUACUGAAAUUGUAUCAGUUAUAUGAUAAAUAUAAUACCGAUAAAAAUAUUUACAAGUCUACUUCCACUCGGCAACCGCAUUUGAAUAAUAUGUAACAAAAAUAUUUUUUUGGGGGGGCGAAUGACCCAUCGAGGUUAAAGCUCCAAUAAACAAUGCAAUACAAAUAUUUUCUAGAAGAUCUGCACCAUCAAUACAUCGAUCAAUAAGUGACGGUUCGCUUAAGGGCCUUAGCGCAGGAAACAUUUUUCUCAUUUUAUUCACAUUUAAAUUGAAUCACGCAUCGAUUUGGCAUCUUUGUUACGAUGCCGCGACAGAAGAAGUUUUCAAUAGCUCCACGACAAUAAAUUCGAAAAGGCAUUGGAAUGCUCAAACUUAUAUUGUAUGGGCACACCAUCCUCAUCGUAAUACAAGGCUGUUUUGAUAAAUAAACCAGUCUCCCAAAUACUUUGCAAUACUUUCUUUCGAGUAGUGGCAGUAAUAGCACAGACUAACAGACAUAACACUAUGAGAGAAUUCCCUCAAAUAACAUCGAUCCGACAAUUUUCCCGGAACACUAGCUCCACCUUUUAUUCACAGUCCCAAACACUCAUUUACUGGUGGGUUACCCCUCAGGUUUGGGAACAAUUUUUCACUAGUGGUCUAUCCCCCAUAUGCUUGUUCAUAUGCCAGUGGCGUCAUAAUUUCAAAUGUGGCUACAGUCCCAACUACAAAUAUAUUUAAAAUGGCAGUUAAAGCGGGCGAAGCUUUGUUUUGGAGUGUUAUGUCUGUUAGUCUGUGGUAGUAGUAGUAGUAGUAUAAUUAAAAGCAGUGCUUUUGAUUAUUCAAACACAUUUCGAUUGGUUGUGUGAAUACAUAUCACACACAGCCUUACGCAUGUACGAACUCACCCACUCGCGUCGUCAGCUCUUGUCUUGGGAGGGUAGAAAACAAAAUUUGUGAUAGAAAACAGAGCUGCAUGUCGAUCAGCAAAAAGUGCAGUCCUUCGCAAUCAUAAAUUGAACGAAGAAUCUUCCAAAUAAUCAAUGGCGCACGCGCACAGAACAUGUACGCAAACAUUUAUUAAUUACCCAUCGAUAGUGUGUGCUGAUCGGCAGCCGACACUUUAUAAGUUAAUCCUUCGUGAGAACGCGAGCGAAAAGAAUAAUUGUGAUAAUCUUUUCUAAAAUAAUACGUAAACAGAGAGGCAACGCCAAACCAAAUAAUUACGUUCUGUGUUUGGCGUUUCGUCCAACAAGCAUCACGCACUGUGCUGCCGCGCGGUGACGGUGAUUACAAAUUACAAAGGAAACCUGAAGUUGCAUCUUCAGUGUGCUGGAGAGAAAUGGAAAGAUAGGGAAAAAGCUUGUAACAGGUAGGAGCUAGGAUGUCAGGAUAUAUAAAAGAAAGAUUCUAACUAAUACGAAAGCUGUAGAGAUGCCGAGCGCUUGAGACUUUCCACAAGAGAUAAAUGAAAAUAACAAACAACACAUGAAGGUUGAUAAUAAAAAUCUAACGAAUGCCGCCAGUCAGCAUGAAAAUGAUUCACAGAAGCAGAAAGGGAUCCACAAUCAACAUUUGAACACACAAAAAAAAAAAGAAACAGACACAAUGAAGGCAAGAGACUUGAAAACUUUUUUGUUUUAUUUACUCAAAUUUGUGAUAUUCGUCGAUUUUCGUUCGUUAAGUUACUAGAGACACGUUUUAAUCGUAAAAGAAGUAAACAGCGCGAAUCAAAUAGCUUACGUUUUUAGGUUCGAACCGCGAUCCGCAGCAAUGUUUGCGAAGUCCGUAUCUCUUUCUAAUAAACUACGUAGUAAUUUUAGAGGUCACAUUCCUUUAAAACAUACGACCAUUGUUUCGUAGGAGGCAUGGGGAUGCUUCGGGUCCCUUUGGCGCUCUUGGACGCAAUGCGAAUUCUCUCAUUAAACUCACUUCAGUACCUGUCGUUUAAGGAAAGCAUGCAGGAGAAAAAAAAACAGUGAAAGAAAACAAGCGAAUGAUUGAUAAGACGAAUUUUAAUUUAAGCAUCAAUUUGAAGUAAUACGAUAUUGAAACCUGUUUCAAAAAUAAUAAUGAUGAACAAACAGUAAUCAACAGUCGUCAGUUGAAGACAGCAGUAGUUAAACAAAGAUAAAAUCGCAAACGAAGCAAGGAUUUCCUUCACACAAAUCUAGUCCGAUUCACUGUUGUUUUAUUUGUAUGUUUUUAAAAUAAUAUUUUUCCUGCAUGGGGAAAUCCAAAAUGUGAUAAAACAAAUCGAGCGACCACCGAGCGUCGGCGGUUGCGGCAUUAUAACGGUUCUUUUUUUUUUGUAUAGAAAAACGAAGAGAUGAGACUUAAUUCUCGUUAGAGACGCGAAAAACACUAGCAAAACCAAACUAUAAGUUAUUUAGGAAAGGAGAACAAAAAUACGCGUUAAUACGGUUAGAUGUAAGUGAAAACUAUGCGUUUUCCCCGAGCGCUAAACAGUAUUUUCACGUGCAAAACCCCAAUUGUUAUUAAAUAGCAAUCGUGUGAUAUUUAAUAACAAAUUAGACACACACAAAAAGAAAGGAAAGAUUUAUCCCAUAACCGAAUUGCCUUUAAUGAACUGUGAUCGAUAUCAAAUCUCGUCUCGUUCCUUUUUCUCACCACUUUGUUGUGUAAGGACAAGAUCGCAACCAAGAGGAGAAACUCAUUUUUACACGUUCUCAUUUGUUACAUCAUCUACAAUUUACUCUUUUCGUUAUUUUACAAAGCUAAUAGGUACUAGAACAAUACAUUCGUGUGUGAUUCGGAGUUGUUUAUGCUCUGGCUGACUGAUUAUUGUUGUUUAAAACUACUAGUUAGAAAGUGACACAAUACAUUUAAUUGACGCAAGAAAUGUAUGCCAAAAGUAUUCAUAUUGAUACAAGAGAAGAAAAAAAACUGAUGAAAUUAUGUUUAAAAAGAAAAAUUAAAAUUCGUCAAAUUGUUCCUAGGAAACCACGUGGUUUAAUUUUAGUUUUCUUUAAGCUAGAAUCGUUAAACAAAAAACACUAAAUCGAGAAAAUCUGGAACUUCUCUCGACACCAGUGACAAAACACAAAUGAAAUGCAAUAAAACAAAAAAGUUAACCAGCAAACUUUCUUUCAUGUAACCAGAGUUAAGUCGAAGCCACGGACGUCGCUUGUCGGUUCAGGAUAGAAUACACAAGAACCAAUCACUUUGUUUCCGAUUUUGCAGUAACACAAACAUUCGCGCACACCAAUUCGUUGCCAGAGUUGUGCUGUUGCACUUUUACAGGUGACACUGCUGUGAUCCAUUUGAUAGGAAUAACAGUUAUAGGGAAAUGCUGAGGUACACACAAGCGAACACGAAACAAAAGGAUAAGACAAACAAUCAUUAUCAACUUGAGAAAACAAAAAUCUCGCAUCGGUGAAACGAACGACUACCGAAAUUAACAACACAUAACAGAUACAAAUCAAUCGGGUAACUUUGUAAUAUUGUUGUAUAAGCCAGACGGUAGGUCUAUUGAAAGUCAUCCAUGUUUUCCAGUAGGUAAAUUCUUGUGCAAAUUUGGUGCGACAGGAAACCGAAGCGAAUGAAAGAUGUAAUGAAUUUUAUUAUUAACAAAACAAAUGAAAACGCUCGCCUCUCUAGAAAAGCAAACCAAAAUCAGGAGACAAACACAUAAAACGAGGGAAAAUCGAAUCGAAAAAAGGGAAGAACAAUUUUUAUUUACAUACAUAGGGAAAGAAUCAUUAAAUUGUCUUAUUUGUGAUGCUAUUUUUCACACAGGAUACACAUUUUUCUUAACAAUCGCAACACAUUGCGAAACUAAAACAUAAUGCAUAUACAUACGUUGGUUUUUUUGGAAAUGCAUAAAACUCGUGUCACGGCGAAAGAACACGUACGCGGAAUAAAAAAAAAAUGCACCCAGGAAAAGACUAAUGUUCUCAGAGAGGAGCAUUUCGUCAUGGUAGGUGCAAUUUUUUGCCCGCAUUACUACAUAACUGCUUAGAGAAAAAGAAUACGAAAAACAUUAAUGUAAUUGUUUGAUGAACAGUAGUAACUAAUAAAUCUAUCAUAUUUAAUGGGCAAACUA